GUCCAGAGGAGAACGAGCGCUGCUCCUUCCUGCCUCCGCCUUUCGUUACCAAACAACAACAACAACGACAACGACAACGGUCUGCAGGAAGUCGUAGCCAUCAUGGCCCCUAAAGCUGGAUCCGCACGUGUCCUCUACUGGUUCCGCACCGACCUGCGUCUUCACGACUCACCAGCUCUGGCCAAAGCCCUCGCCCUCUCCCCCAAAGCCUUCUUUCCCGUCUUCAACUUCGACCCGCACUAUGCAUUCGAGCAAGCAGUGGGCGCUCGUCGCUUUCGUUUCUUGCUCGAAUCGAUGCAGGACCUCAGCGACGAGAUUCGAAAGAUCAACAAGAAUUCACAGCUCCUCGUCACACGCGGAGACCCUCGACGGCGCAUCAAAGAACUCUGCGAGAAGUGGGAGGUCACCCACGUCGCUUUCGAGGAAGACCACAACGAUUACGGCCGCACUCGUGACGCCGAAGUACGUCAGGCGCUCGAAAAGGCCGGCAUUGAGAUCGUCUCCUGCGAAGGUCACCACCUAUACCCGAUCAAGGAGGUCCUCAAGAAGAAUGGCAACAAGCCUACGACGUCGAUGAGCGCAUAUCAAAAGGCAAUCUCGUCGCUCGGGGACGUGCCUAAGCCAACUGAGACGCCAAAGUCACUGCCCGACCCUCUCGCCCCCGGCUCUGACAAGGUCGACAUGAAGAAGCUCUUUCAACUCGUCGACGACCUCGCUCCGCUCAAUAAGGAUCCUGGACCGCCCGAAGUCGACGUCAAUCACGAGAAGCACGGUGGGCAGCGACACGGCGACGUCACGCUCUACGACACUGUCGCAGAGAAGGAGAGCGAUCCAUUCGCAGUCCCCACUCUCAAGUCGCUCGGCAUGGAUGAGCCCCAAGACAACAUGUGCAAGCCCAUUCGCGGUGGGUCCUCUGUAGCCCUCAAGCGCCUCGACGACCUCUGCAAGGAUCCGUCCUACCUCGCUACUUUUGCCAAGCCGCAGACAAGCCCCUCGACUGACCCCGAUGCUCCUUCAACUACGCUGCUCUCCCCGUACAUCAAGUUCGGCUGCCUUGGCAUCCGCUACUUCUGGCACAAGACCAAAGAGACCAAGAAGAAGCACAAGGGUGGCGGUGUGACUGACAUUCCCGAGGGGAUGGAGGGUCAGCUCCUAUUCCGCGACAUGUACGCUGCGUGCGAGGCUGCCAUUGGUGACGCCUUCCAUGGUGUGAGGGGCAACUCGAUGGCCAAAUACUUUGACUGGUAUCUGCCUGACGCGUACGACGACAAGGGCAACAAGAUUGUGCCUCGUCCGCGUGGGGACGAGGAGAGUGAGAAGAGACUGGCCGCCUGGGAGUCCGGAACUACGGGCUUCCCUUGGAUCGACGCCAACAUGCGUAUGCUGAGGCAGUGCGGAUGGAUGCACCACCUGGGCCGUCACAGCACGGCAGCCUUCCUGACUCGCGCUCAAUGCUUCAUCUCGUGGGAGCGAGGCGCCGAGGUGUACUCCAAGUACCUCCUCGACUGGGACCCUUCGUCCAACUCCGGCAACUGGAUGUGGCUCUCCGCGACUGCAUUCUUCUCGCAAUUCUUCCGCGUCUACGGCCUCGCCACCUUCCCCGCGAAAUACGACAAGGAUGGCUACCUCGUCCGCAAGUUCUGCCCCGAGCUCAAAGACGUGCCCAAGAAGUACAUCUACUCGCCUCAUCUCAUGUCCGACGCUGAGCAGAAGCAGGCAAAGUGCAUCAUCGGCAAGGACUACCCUGCGCCUAUCCUCGACGAAAAGGAGGAGAAGCAGCAUUGCCUCGACCGCAUGGGGUACGGGUACAAGCAAAAGCUGAUGGGUGACGCAAAGGAGGUCAUGAAUGGGUCGGCCGAGGACAAGUUCAGAAAGGGGCAUGGCAUCCCUCACCCUGCGCUGUUCGAAAAGGGAAGGCAGGACAAGAAGAUCCCCGAUUGGGCCAAGGCUCCCCCUGCCGACGAGGCUCUCGACGGCGUCAGCAAGGAGAACAAGGAUGAGAUCGAGCCCCACGAGACGGACAACCACGAUCACGAGGACAAUGAGAACGACGAGACGGACGCAAAGGAUGUCAAAGCCGAGGAUAUCGGCGCCGCUGACGCCGAGAAUGGUGAGGGAGAGGGGUCCAAGGAAUCGGCAGCAGGCUCCAAGCGCAAGAGCAAGAGCGGUGAAGGCGAAGGUGACAGCAAGCGUCAGAAGAAAGGCGGUAAAAAGUAGGCGGAGGGCGGUAAAAAGUAGGCGGAGGACGAUGAAUUUGAGAGAGCAGACGCUUCGACGAGGCUGGCUGUUGGGCUAUUGACAUGACGCGGCGGGUGGCUGACUCAAGGUUUGCUUUUUGUCGAUGUGAUCGCGUUAAUGAUACACGAAUGCGAGGUAGCGAAGGACGUUGCAGAGGCGUGUCGUGGCUUCGUGUUGUGAGGUGUUGUGAGAGUGGUGGGGCUUGGGCGUGG